AUGUCGGCCUACGAGAAAAGUACCUCGAAGGGGAAAGCGCCUUCUCUCCAGGGAGGCUUGGGAGCCUCCCGAGCUGUAAUCCAGGCAAUACUGUCGCUCGCAGCAAAACAUCGUCAGACACAAUGGCCUGCUUUUCCCAUGGGACAGAGAACGAAAGGGACUUUCAAAAGCGCCUCCUCCUACCUCCUCCAACAGCUCAUCCACCGCUCCCGCUCUCCGGAUGCAGAAGUGGAGGCGCACCAUCAGAACGAAGAGGAAUCCGAAGAGUCCGAGGAAUCCGAAACGAUGAAUUUGGAGGAGGAGUUUGAUGGGAUCCUGAGAGAGGAGGCCGUGGCUGAGGCACUCGAUGAACUGGGAUGGUCAGGCCCUGGGACGGAGCAGGUCUACCUCAACCUGAAUUUAUCAAACUGUGAUUUAACUGACAUCAGCAUUCUGCGUGACUAUAUUCACCUACAGAAGCUGAAUCUUUCGGGAAACAAAAUCGAAGAUCUGUCUUGUGUGAGCUGCAUGCCAUAUCUCCUAGAACUAAAUGCUUCUCAGAACAAGCUGACUACCUUCUUCAAUUUCAAACCACCCCAAAAUCUCAAGAAGGUGGAUAUUUCCUCCAACCAAAUUUUUGAAAUGUGUGACCUGUCGGCGUACAACACUCUCACUCAACUGAUUUUGGACAACAACGAGAUAAAAGAAAUCAAUGGACUAGAGAAUUGCAUCAGCCUGACCCACCUUAGUCUGGCUGGCAACAAGAUCACCACAAUUAACGGCUUAGGAACAUUACCCAUCAAAGUGCUUUGUUUGCGCAACAACCAGAUCGAGGCCAUCAUGGGUCUGGAGGAACUGAAAGCCUUGCAGAAGGUGGAUCUGUCCUACAAUCAGAUCAGUAGCCUCCAGGGUUUGGAGAACCACGACCUCCUGGAAGUGAUCAACCUUGAGGAUAACAAGAUUGAGGAGCUGAGCGAAAUAGAAUACAUUGAAAAUCUUCCUAUCCUUCGAGUUCUCAAUCUACUAAAGAAUCCAAUUCAGAACAAAUCUGAAUACUGGCACUUUGUAAUAUUUAUGCUGCUGCGACUGACAGAAUUAGAUCAGCAGAAGAUUAAAGUGGAAGAAAAGGUUUCUGCAGUGAAUAAAUAUGACCCUCCUCCUGAAGUGGUUGCUGUCCGAGAUCACAUGACCCAUGUUGUCAACAGCAUGUCGCAGCCACAAAGGAUCUUUGACAGCACCCUGCCAAGUCUGGAUGCCCCUUAUCCCAUGCUGAUCCUAACUGGUCCCGCAGCUUGUGGGAAACGAGAACUCGCCCACCGCCUCUGCAGACAGUUUAACACUUACUUCAGAUACGGGGCCUGUCACACCACGAGACCGCCUUAUUUUGGUGAAGGGGACCGAGUUGAUUAUCACUUUAUCUCUCAAGAAGUUUUUGAUGAAAUGCUGAACAUGGGGAAAUUUAUUCUAACAUUUAAUUACGGUAAUCACAAUUAUGGAUUAAAUAGGGACACUGUAGAAGGUAUUGCAAGAGACGGAUUAGCAAGCUGCAUUCAUAUGGAAAUAGAAGGUGUAAGAAGUUUGAAGUAUUCCUAUUUCGAGCCUCGAUAUAUCUUGGUGGUGCCCAUGGACAAGGAAAAAUACGAGGGAUAUUUGCGGAGGAAGGGACUAUUUAGUCGAGCAGAAAUUGAAUUCGCUGUCUCCAGGGUGGACGUUUAUGUUAAAAUUAAUCGGAAAUUUCCAGGAUAUUUUGAUGCAGUAAUCAAUGCAGAUGAUCUGGACAUUGCCUACAAAAAGCUAAGUGAUCUCAUUCGAGAAUACCUGGGAUUGACUGAGGAAGCUACUAAGGGCUUGGCUCCAGCUGCAGCAGGCGCUCCCUCUAGCAAGAAGACCAUCUCUGGGGUCCCAGCACACCUGGUCCCUUCCCCCAGGCGCUUGGCAAGACUGCAGGCAGAUGGCCAAAGACCAGAGGCUCUCCCAGAAGUGCAGACUCAUGCAAAGACCCCUGAAAGUCAGAACCCAGCUCUCCCACAGAGCCAAGAGUUAGCUGAGGAGGGAGAACACCCUAAGAAGGAGCCUUCUUCCAGCAGCCACCUGGAUCCACCUCAGCAGGUCAGUUCUUCAACACUUGAUAUUCCUCAGCAAGACCAAGACACAUCACCAAAGGUGAAGGAAGGGGAUGGUCAACCAGCCAACCUCCCUCCCAAAAUAACCACUGAGAUGGACGGCCCCGAAGAUGAGCCUGAGCCACAUGAACUAAAAGCAGGACAGUCUUCUACUAUUGCUGCUCAAGAGCCCCCUCAGCAUCCUGACCCCCCUCCCACACGCAGCCCUCAGCCAGACCAGGAUAAGGAACCUGGAGAGAUCAAAGGAACCCCUAGCAACCCACCCCCAACUGAACCCUCACAGGUACCUGACCCAGCUUCCCUCAGUCCUCAGAGAGUGCAGGAUGAGGGAACUGAGCCAGCCAACCCUGCACCCAGCAGUUCCCCUCACAAUCUUCCAGAAGAUCCCUCCACCUCUGAUGUAGUGAAGCCUGCUGGGGGUUCUCAACCACCUCUGAAGGAGGGAACCCCCAAAGCGGUUGUCCGUGCCAGUACUCCUUACCCAGAAAUUCCACCUCCCCAAGACUCAUCCUCAAACUCAAAACAUACCCAGGUCAGGGAACAGCCAGUGGCCUUGCUGCCUAAAAGUCGGCUAGCUCCUACCAGGUUACCCCAGCCCCAAACCCUGGCUCCUCUCCAGAGCAGGAGACCCACACCCAAGCUUCUUUCUCCCAGUAGGGAAGAGGCUUUGGGGACAAGCUCAGAUCAGACCCCAACUCCUUCUCCCAGGUCUCUCCCAACUCAGGAUGGAGACCCCAAUAAACUUCCUCCCAUCAGCCCUCCCCAGUCCAAACCACCCCCAAACCCAAGCCCCCAGGCAGCCCAUAGUCCACAGCAAGCCCAUGUUGGAAAAGCCAGCGAGGUGAAGCUCCCACUUAUUAGCCCCCCGAUCCAGGAACAAGCCCAGCAGCACUCCACCAACCCUCCCCAGGAAGAGGAGGCAUCCCCAGUCCGGCUCCCUCAUAUUCCUGCUCCCUCUGUGGAACCUCAGCUGCCUCAGAACACUAGGCCAAGGCCUGCUUCGAAGCCUGCAAAAGAAAGGAAAACUCCCAAAGUAGGCCAUGCCUCCAGCAAGAAGAUUCCAGAUCUACAGCCGUCACCUCACAGGCAAGAGGCUACUAAGCAGAAGGAUGCUAGGAAAAAAAACCUCAGGCAGAGAGAGACAGCUAAAGGGUCGCCAUAUCCAAGAAAGACUCCAGGGGUGAAGUCUCAGACAGCCCAGCAGUCGGAAUCCCAGAGCAAGCCAACUCCUAGGAAUGUGUCUGACCCGCUUGACUCCAGGUCCCCUCUGAGCCACACUGAAGCAGUAUCAACAGACCCCCAGAACCAGGAGGACAAAAACCGCAAAGCACACAAUUCCAGAAAAAAGGACCUGGCUCAGUCUGUAGGUGCGUCCCCAAAUGGGGAAACGUUAGAAGGAUUAGCUCAAGAAAACGAAACAGCCCUCGGUGAGAAUCAACCAACCCAAGAAGCUCAGCCCCUGGGGGUGUAUCCUGGUGGGGGAGAGGAGGCUCACAAAAAGGAAAGGUCUCAGAAGAGAGAGGUUGUGGGGAAGCCUUCAGAGCAGGAGGUUGCAGCCCCUAGCCAGCUGCGGGCCAAAGAGACACAAACCCAUAAAGACACCAGUCAGAUCAGACAGGGCUACGCCCAGAGGCACAACAUACUUAUGUCUAAGCAGCAAUCCAAAGAAAAACGAACUCGGAAAAAUGGGGAUGUACCACAGAACAGAAGCCCUACUGCUCCCCAGAAUCAGGUGUCAGAGGAGGAGCAGGGUGGCCGGACAGGAAGACUGCGAGCCAGGGGCAGCCAGAGCAUCAAAGUAUAAGCCCUGGCUCCUGAGAAGCUGUGACCCCUGAGAGCUGUGCUGUCGGGACACCAAGGUGCACCACUGGUUUCCUUCUGUGACCUCCAGUCAGCACCUCGCUUUGGGGCCUUGGUAGCUCUGUUCCUCUUGUGGCAGCAGCCGGGCAGACAGCUGGUGUGAUGCUGGUGUCAUCAAGGGGCUCUUGUGUUCAGCUGUGAAUUUCAAUAGGACUUAUGGCUGAAGAAGGGCAAAUUACCAUAAUGUUUUGUUUUCUUCAUUAGGAAAAUUCGCUUCUAGACUAGAACAUUCCUUCAUGCUUUUUACAUGAUUGGAGGAGCCUGCAGCAAAGAGGAAUGCUGCAAAAAGAAACCUUGCAGGUUUCAGAGAUUGCCAGCCUGCACUUACUUAACUUGUGAGGACGCAUCUCUGUAAGCUAGACUCUGGCCGGCGAGCACUCGAGGUCUGAAUUGGCCUAUGUUUUGCUUGUACGCUUCAAAAUGAGUAUCUUCCUUCUGUCUUUGAAUAGGAAUCUCAUGGUCCAUGGCUUCAUUAUGCCAAAGCAUCUGGUUGAAUCACUUAAAAGAAUUUGUGGAGAGAAAACUCAGGGGAAUCAGUUUUUUUCAUUUGUCUCUCCGUAUUAUUCUAUUAUAUUCCUGGCAAUGACUAAGGGAUGGCCAGAGCCAGCCUAUGGAAAUCUAUUAGAAGGAAGUAUAUGUGCAUCUUCCACAACCAAACUGUGGGAAGGGCCAGGGUGCAGCAGGUUCUCAGAGAGGCAAGGGGCCAGCCAUUGAACAUCACCAAGGUUCUUGUCCUCUUCUAGACUAAGCAAGAAUCUAGGACUGCCAUCACUUCUCACCUCUGUCAUUCUCCAUGUUGGCUCCAUUCUUUGGACUACAAAUGGUUAUAUGUCAUUCUCUCUACAUAGCAGGGACACGCCCACCAACAAUUCUCAAGCUACAUCCUGUGGCAUCUCUCAGCACUGCUAUAAAGGGAUUCAUCUAAAUCAUCCUUAAGGUUAAAAAGAAAAUCCAAAGAAAGGCUUAUUGCUCCUUUGAUCAAGCAUUCAUUUAGACCAGUCAGCUCUGGCUUGGGCAUGGUUAUCAUCAUCCAUAUCCCACUGGGUUCACUGAUCCGUGUGGAGACGGUGUUUACAGAAAGGAGGAUAAGUUCAGUCAAAGCCAUCAGCUCACGAUUCCACUCUUGAAAAAAGUUAGAAGAUAACCAUUGAGUACUUACUGAAGCCGUGUUUGAUAUCCCGUAUUUCAUUAUAUAACCAAUGACUAGUGCCUGUGUUUUACCUUAUGCAAAAGACAUGUGCCCACAAACCUGUAUGAAUGAUAAAUGUUAUCUCGAGUGCAAUAGAGGACACUGAUAUUUUUAAAAUCAGGGAUAUAAGGAGCGAACAAGACUCUUCUUAUAACUGAAAUAUUAGUAGAUAUCCUCUGAUUUAUCUGCCUUCUCCAAGAUAAAAGUUAGAGUAUGAUUUUUUGAAGUAAUUUAUGUUUAUUAAGUGAACCGUCAUCAAGAAGGCUUUAUUGAUCAUUUUCUGUGUGCCAGACAAAGUAAUGGUUGCUAUGUAUAUCCUAAGAUGAUGCUGACACUUCAGGGAACUCUGACAAAAUGGUCCAUUAUUACACCAUAUAAUUAGGGUGUCCGGAGAUCCCAAAACAAGCUUACCUGUAUUUGUCAUUCCACAGAUAAGACAACCUGUUCAUUUGCUUUUCUAGACUGUAGUAAGGGCACUGAGUUCAGCCUGCUAGAACUGUACCAGCAAAAACCUCAAAGAGAAGUUCAUCCCUCAGCUGAGACUUCAGGGCUGCAGAAUUGCUCAGUGUAUGGAUGCAGGAGGGGAUGCUUCCUGUUGCUUAAACACAGACAGGAACAGCUAGUGUCUCCUAAGGACCCAGCUGCCAGGUGAACUGUAGGCCUAUCUAAUCUGUGCCACGAGAAGGAGCUUUGGAAGCCUCAUCUUGUAACAGCGUGGGGAGGGGAGGGUGCUUAGAUUUGUACUUUAGGGAUAAAGUUAAGGAAGAAAAUACUAGAAACAGAAUGACGGGCUCAUCAUGACAGGAGGUAGACAGGGCAGCAAGGGCCUGAAAGAUGGCACUGGUGUCCAGGGAGGUCAAAUCCAGUUGGUGUUUAACUUGGCUGUGGAGAGGGUAGAUUAUGAAAGACAGCAAGCAAAGGAUCGCCUCUCUCUUUUUUUCUUGAGAGGGUCUUAUUAUGUAGCCCUGGCUGGACUGGAACUUGCUAUAUAAACCAGGAUGGCUUUGAACACACAGGGAUCCACAUGUCUCUGCCUCCCGAAUGUUCCGAUUAAAGGUGUGCACUGUGAUGCCCAGGACAUCUGUAUAUGGAAUUUGGGGUGCCUUAGUGGGCCAGAGCCAUGUUGGGUGUCCUUUUUGGCUGCUGUUUUAGAGGCCUUUGGAGCUGCAUUUCUCCUUAGCGUUUGAGUGGGACACAUUAAGCAAGUUUCCCUAAGCUGUGGAGGAGGCACUAACCCCUGGAAUUCAUAAUAAUAAGAGGGUUUUUUCUUUGUGGUUUUCUGUGGUUUGAAGUUUUAUGCCUCAGAUUCACUGCUGUUGAACAUUUUGAAAGGAGAGGGAAAGACUGUUGUCUCUGGCCAGAGGCAUUUACUCUGGUAUUGGUUCUCUUGCCGCAAGGAAAAACUUCAAUUUUUCAAUGCAGAACACAAAUAUAUAAACUGACCAUUUUCCAUGUACACCAACAGGCAAAGUUCAUAUUGCUUCCACCUGAGGCUUGUCACAAAGCGACCUUUAGAGAGAAAACAAAAAUCCAUGUGGGCUUUAAAAGUCACUGUCCGCAUACUACCACCUUCUUAAGGAAGUCUGGUGUUUAGUGUUCAAAUCAACAGAGAGCAUUUCCGCCAGGCGUAAGAACCUUCUUCAAGGACUUUACGUAAAGAGCUGAGCCCCCAAAAGACAGAGAAGGCAUGAUCAGACAACUUACAAAAGAGAAAGUAAAAAUGUCCAAUAAACAUGUCAGAAACAAUUUAAUCUCACUGUAAGUGAAAACAGAACAGACUUUUUUGAUACCUUUUUUUUAAAAAACCAGAUAUAAAACAGAUUAAGAUCCAUUUGGGUAAAGUACCGGUGUCAACAGUGAGGAAACAAAUUGGCAUACCUUUUCUGGAGAACAGUUUUCCAGCCCCUGUCAAAGAGUUUACAGACCUUUAAUCUGAUCAUUUAGAUCCAAGAAUUAUCAUGAGGAAAUAUACACGAGACUGCUCAUAUCAAAUUUUAUAAUGAAGGUUAGAAAUACUCCAUGUGAUAGAAUUUUUGAAAUACAUUUACAGCACGGCCAUCUGCUAGAGGCAUCUGCCUUAUGUUGCCCUUAUACUAAUGAAUCUUUACUAGGAAGAUAGUGUUCAUUCCACAUUAGAAAGAAAGAAGGUUAAGGAGGUACAGCCAGUAUGCCUCUCAUGUUAGUUCUGGGAUGCUAGGUUGUGAUUGAUGUUUUUCUCUCAUUUAUGUUUUUAGUAUUUUGCAAAUUUUCUACAAUGAGUUCAUGUUUAUUCUAAAAAGGAAGACAGAAUUAAUGCACGUGUGUGCGUGCAUACUCACACGCGCAGACACACACACACACACACACACACACACACACACACACACACUCUUUGAAGAGCUGCCAUGUCUAUUUGGUGUAUUCCAAUUUGACAUAAGUCCGAAGUGGCUUGCAGAAAAGCAGAACGGCCUCCUCCAGACAUUGGAUGUGUUACCUCACACAAGAGCCUCCAUGGGUUGGGUGAUUUCGUAGAGUGGAUAGAACUCAAGUUUCUCUUUUUGAUUUAUGAUCCACUUAGAACAACUGGUCCACUUGUUGGUUGUGAAGAAUCCAGCUGCCUUUUCCAUUAAGUAGCAUGCUUUUGUAGCAGAAAAUGCUUUUGUGGUUCCCGGUAUUCAUUAGCUCACUGGCUUAAAAUAUUUUUGACCAAGCCCCAUAGGUAGAAGUGCAUUUUACAGUAUCAUGGUCCAGUAAACACAUUCACAGAUAGGAAAUAAAAUAUCAUAAGACACCUUUCAUAGGUGAUGGACUCCCGUUUUCUAUGGUGCUGAGUUUAAAUUUUCUAGGUGCAGGUUGUAGCUUACUAAAUCAGUUUUACAAUGUAGUUUGCACUCUGCUGAGCCUCUGGACCUCAACCUUGUCCUGUUCCCUACUUGCCAGAUCACCUACUUUCUCUGUCUGCCUUCAGGUUGGUUCGAUAGGCUAGCCUCAACUUAUACUGAAUUCUUCUCUGAGAGCAGGAUCUGGUAUAUGGGCAGUUAAGCCCUUUGUUAUUGUUUGGCCUCAGCCUGAAUUCAAAUUCAAAUAGCCCAAGUUCCUGUACAAAGCUAUAAGCUCUUAUAUAAAGCUUUAAACACUUUAAAGCACUCUUGAUCAGUGGUGAGGCUAUGAGUAAGUAAUCAGCCAACUCUCUUGCCCUUAGCUCCAUGACAACCCUAUAAACAACACUGUUACAAUAAAGGAGCCCCCAAAUUCCACUUGAGGUCCUUGAGGUGUGAUAUGGGGUCUAGCACUAUAUGUCCAUACGUGAGUUUACAUGCAUGGUAGGGUUUGAAAGACUAACUUUAGUAAUAACUUUUCCGUGUUGACUAAGCAUCCAAAGAAGAAAGUAAAGGCCUGCCUCUCUUUCUGUGUGUUGAUGGUAGGUAAUGUUAGCAGAGCAGACCUCUAAUCUGAAAGUUGACUGUGGGAUGGCCAUCAUGAGCAGCAAAAGCUGAAAGCCUUCUGUUAAUGAUAGUAACCUUAGAAAGUCUCGAUUACAAAUAACACUGACUGUCAAAAUAAUCACUGGAAACCCCCUCUAGUCGGGAGUAAAUGAGGGAGUAUACGGAAAGCACUCAGAAUAAUGUCUGCCCUGCAGUAAGUACUGAGAUGAGCGUUUGUUAGCACUAACAUGUAAACAGCAAAGAAAAUAUUGCAUUUGAUCAUCAAUUAGAAUCGGCCAGUGUGUCCUAUUUAAACUAGGUGGAAGUGUUUGUUAAAUGAAAUCGUCUUCCCUGAAAAUCCCUUUAUGACUUCAGCCUUGACUAAUUUAAGGAGCUUAAGCAAAAUUAGAAUGAUAUUAAAAAGAAUUGGUAGUUCGGCAUAAUAUCCCUAAGAUAGAGGGCUUCUUCAAUAGGCAUUCACAGGCAGCCUGCUGCCUGCCCAAGACAAGGAGAGGUAUCAAAUCUGAGCUGAUGGUGAAUUUCCUCGUGACACAAACAUCAAACACUUGGGAUAACAGCUGGCACGUAGUACAUGCUCAAUAAAUGCUGUCUGUUCUUUUUAUUGUUAUCUCAUUGUUGAUAGAGAUCAAGUCCAUUCUACUGUGUAGACAGCACAUGCUGUCACAUUACGUGUCUGGGUAACAAACAGACUCGUUUAUUUGUUUUCUGUUUGUGGUGGGUUGAGACAAAACCUUUUACUUCUGGAUCUACCAACCCUCAAUUUCCAAGAACAAAACUAAAUAUCCAAGUGAAGAGUAAUAGAAAAACCUUUGUCAGGGAAAGUGACCGAUGAAAUGGUGACUUGGAGACAGUUGCUCAUGAGGCUAAAUUAUGGCCAGGUGCAACAGCACGUGCCUGGGUCCCAGCCACUCAGGAGGCUGAGGAAAGAAGGUCCGUUGAGUCAAGGGAGGCCAGUAAACAAGGGACUCUGUUUCGGUUGGUGGCAUUGUGGUACACCAGCAAGAUUUAUUCAAACGUAUUGGCCUAAGUAGCAGAGACUUUAGACCUGUGCUAAAGCCCCCUGCAGGCUUCUGUCCCCUCCUGCCUGUCCCCUGCUGCUGCUUCUUGUCCCUAACUUUCCCAUACAAUGCAGCUCUUUUAUGCUAAGCUUCCAAUCUUGACAUUUUCUCCCGUCUGUAUUUUAUUUCCUUCAAAGCUUCAGCUAGCAACUUCAAGAUAAACUUACUUAUUUUGUUAAAAAAAAAAAAAGCCCUGGCAUUAUCAUAUGUUUUAAUUGGAAUGUUCUGGAGUCGGUGUCUGAAUGCUGGCUUGUUAGUUGAGCUCCACAGAAGACAUAACAAAAUAUGAAGUCCAGAAGGAAGAAAAGGUUUUGAACUUCAUUUUCUCUGUGUAUGACUAUAUUUUCACAUGCAUUCUUUUUUUUCCCGGUGUGGAAUCCAUUUCUGUUUAAGUAGCUGGUUAUCCCUUUGAUUGGAUACCGAAGAGUACAGCAUCUCUCUGUUAUAAUAGUUUUGCAGAUGUAUUCAUUUUGCCUUAGAAACAUGAACAUUAUUACUCUAUUUCCUUGGACUUAUGAGAUAGCUUUCUACGUACUUUCCUAUUUUGCUCUGGAAAAUUAUCAUGGGAAUUAUAUGAAAUGAUUUUUCUGCUUGCUGUUAUUCCUUUCUUAGAACACAAACAGGCAUGAUGUGUUGAGAUGCAAUUCUGUCUUGGAAAAAUAGCUUUUUUGGUACCUUCAGCUUUGUGAAAAUACUCCCUAAUGAACUCACUGUUUUUCUUCACUUUCUACCACAAAUUGUGUAACUAUUCUGUUAGAAAUAAAGUUUACAUUCUAUAGCACAUUAUUGUGUUUUAAGUUGUCUUAAGCCUUUGUCCACGGUUGUAUAUUUCAUGAUGUAUAUUUAUAUGUAUAUUUCUUGUAGGGGAUUGUGAGAACUUGUGUGUAUGUAUUAAUCAUGGCAGGGAUAAAUUACUCUUAAUUUAAAAAAAAAACUGCAUGUUUUUAGAGUUGCCCUUGCAUGGGAGAAAAAAAAUGAAUGCCUUUGAAGUCAAUGGGUACUGAGAAAUUUUUUUCCUGAAAAUUGGAGCCUAUUUCCCAAGUCAUCCAUUCCAGAGACUGUUUCUUUCAAAGAGAGAAAAACUAGUGGGAAUACAAUUCCUUUUCAAAUUUUUAUUUAAAUAUUCACAGACUUUCCUAUUGAAAAACGAUCAGCCUUAUGUGUAUGGAGAGCGGCCACAUGUAUAUGCUACACAAGUAAUCUUACUACCGUACAAUCAUUGGUUAUUAAAAUGGGCUUUCACUUUUCAUAUUGUUCACAGUCUGGCUGCUACAUGGCAAUUUCAUUAGUACUUCCUGACCUGGAUGUUUCCCUGUGAUAGCACGUCCUUAACAUAGAUUAUUUUCUCCUUUCCUGUAUGUGAAAUAUCCUGUGUUGCCUGUAUGAUACAAUAUUAAACAUGCACAUGGUUUGUUCCCCGUGUGUUGUCUCUA